AUGACAUCUGCUAGAACAAAUUUAGUGAUGACAGUGAUUGGAUUUGUCGUCAGUACGCUUUUUAUAAUGUUCAUAUGCACCAGACUCAUCUGUGCUCGAAUUCAAUUGCGUGCUUCUCGUCGACUUUUGCGUCGUCAUAUUGCUUCUUCUUCUAGAUCUAAUCUCAGUGCUAUGGAGGGUGGAAUGCAUGGUGUAGAACCUCCAAUUGUUGCCGACUUUCCAGCCAAAAAGUACGGUGAUGAAUAUUUUUCCUCGGCCGAUAGUGGGCAAUGCUCCAUCUGCUUGGCAGAAUAUCACAAAGAAGAUGUGUUGCGUAUACUGCCUUACUGUGGCCACUACUUCCACAUAAAAUGCAUAGAUAUAUGGUUGCUACAGCAUUGCACCUGCCCUGUCUGUAGGAUAUCAUUGCGUGAGACUAAUGAGAAGAAACGAUCUAUGCAGUUUAUGCCAAGUUCUCGAUCGCAUCGUAACACUGAUUUUCCUUCAGUUAGUAGAUUUCUAUCAAGGACGUCCGAAACGCAUAGGUCAGAUCCUAUGCCAGAGAAUCAGCUAAUAGAAGCAGCCAGAGAUAACUUGGCUUUGCCUGAAGAAAAUGUUCUUGUAAAAGACCACACAGAUAAGCAUGUAGUGUGCCCAUCAUCUGCUUAACCAAGUUAUUUGCUGGAAGUUUUGGAGUCUUUGAAGCUUGUUUUUCUCCUCUUGUUGGCUGUUGCUUUGUACAUAUCUUUUCUGUCGUGAAUUAUUUCAAGCUAACGGGAGGAUUGCUGGUUACCGUCUACUACAAAGGCCGAAUUGAUCAGAGAAGUAGUGUUUGAUGUUUCACAUUCAUAAGCUUAGCUGCAUGAAGCUGGUGUAUUUGGUUAGCGUGUCUGUUCCUGGACUAUGUGGAUUAGUGCUAGCCAAUACGAUAGACAGCAACACCCAGUCUAGAGUUCCCUCAGAUAGCAAAUUAGCUAGUUUAGGUGUCCGUGCCAUGGCUCAUUGUGUCAAGUCUGGGUGUGUUCGAUUGAAUUUAUGGUUCAUGAUUGACAGUUAGGAAGUAGAAUUAAAAGUAGUGUACAGAGCAAAUAUGUAUAGAUAUCAGUUAUCACAUGAUCUGCAUAGAAGGAAACUGUUAAGGAUUCCUCAGUCUGCCUUGCCUUUUAUUUUUGUUUCUGUCAAUGUACACUACUGUGUCUGUCAAAUUGUAUAUCUUCUCUUCUCAAAACUGUUUGUUUUCUCUUUUCCAGCGUAUAUUUGUUUGUUUUCUCUUCAUAAAGUGAGAGAAUAUGUGGA